AUGCCGAAUAUUCGGAAUAAGCGUAAAAAACUGAUCAUGUUACAAUACGAUUCAGAUUCAGAUCAGCAAGAUCUAUGUGUGAUUGUACAGUAUGAUAUUGAUACACAGCAACUCUUGGUACACAACUAUCUUGAGACCGAGACGUCGUGCCACGAACUCAAGGUGUGUCUGUCGCGAUUGUCGGUUGUUAAAUUUAUUGGAGAUGAAGGAACUUACGCAAUCAUCGUGUGCAAAGUUGGUAUAGAAAGCAGUACUGUCACAAAUCCCGAUUGGGCGUGCUCGACAUCACGUCGCACUAUCAACCUUUUCACCAACCGCACUCCAGGCAAGCACAUCCUCACCACGUCUCCUGCUCAAAAAAGCAUAGACGUUGAAAGCCCUUCAUUCACAGGCAAAUACUUCCGAGUCAUGCCCGUCUUUGGUGAUCUCCGAGUCCUAGAAACAGGCUAUCUCUGCCACAACUGGCCUGUCCAACAGCUCAUCGCUCGUCACCCAGCCUUCAUACAACAAGUUUGUCAUGGUAUUCCAGGUCUUCAAUAUCAACCCAUAACAAGCGCGUCGCCCUGGUCUAGUAGCCAUGGCCUCGCGGUGCUCGUUAUGAUCGCCCAGAUCAGGGCAGGAUUAUGGUCAUCUCUCAUCAUCCUCGAUCCCAAUACCAUCAUUGUCUCUAUCCUCAACCGUUUCGGCCUCCUGUCAUUUUUCUGCGGUGAAGUCGAGAACUGUCCUUAUGAGGGCGUCCAUCUUCUGAGCAUGGUCGAGGAGCUUCUCUACGUCCUCAUGACUAUUCUUGGCGAGAGAGUCAGCGCCACCAAGCUCCCGUUCCAACGUGCCAUCCGCCACCUCGAGUGCAUCCUCAAGGAUGUACUAUCUCACUUCCACGCACCUGGGUCGACACUCACAACGGCAUCUUAUCCUGCUAAUAAAUGGCAUCCGCUCGCACAUCAUGAAGUAAAUCCUCAAGCAUCUACACAACUCUUGGUUCUCCAGGGUGAGGAAAACGAUCCCAUCUUUAGCUGGACCUCUAUCGCUUGGGUCGUCAGCAUUGGAUCAUCCCUUGUCACGGUCCUUUGGAUCGUGGUCUACUCGUUCCUUCCAGUCAACACCUUCUCUAACACAGAUGCAUUUAUAGACGAGGUGGACAUUCUCUUCCCCAAUCUUACUCACGCCCCUCGCGUGAUUGGCCCCGAUCCCCUUUGCGUCUGCAGAUUCCUCCACACUCUCAUUCCUUGGAAACUGGUGAACACCCCCUUGUUCAGCGUCAAGAAGAGGGACACGAUGCUGGCGAAGGUCGGUAUCGACCAGAAGAAUCUUAUCAAGGAGAUCAGGCACAUAGCUCACUGGUGUGGGACGCGCUGCGGGGUUUUCGAGAUCUUUUUGGCUUCUGCCGGAUCUCGACGUAUCAUAGGAGAGAUGUCGUGA